AUGCGCAAAGAGUCUCCUCAAACAAAUCACCCACAAAUUCCUUUCCUCCCCUCCCUUCUCGACCUCAACUUCAACUUCACCCUCAACAAUGAUACUACCACCACCCUCCUAAUCCUCGCAAUCCCCCCUCUCCUCUUCUUCUCCCACAUAAUCCGCAAAGACUACGCUGCCUUCAUUUCCCUCGGCCCCGGCGGUGUUCCCCAAUCCCUAAAAGGUUACAUCGGCUUCUGUUGCCUCCGCCCUUUCGCUCUCCGCAAUCCGUUCGAACCACCACGCCUACCCCCGACGCUCCACCCGCAGAAUGGAUUCCUCGCACCCGACACACUACCGACACGGAAGGGCCCUCGGCCAGUAGUUGAAGGGAUAGCGCCGCAGCGACAGAUAACGCAACGGGGGGAUGAUACGACGUAUAAGAUAUUGAGUCGGGAGUUAUCGACGCUGGUGCAGACGCAUGCGCACACGCAUGGGUUGUAUACUGAUACGUCAUGCUUUGAGAAGCAUAGUAUUGGGAUAUUUGUCGCGGAGAAGUUAAGGUCUCGCGUGACUUGUAAUGGAGAGGUGUGCCAUGCGCAUCCGAGUGAUGGAAGUUUGCAUUUGAGUCUGCAUCCGGCGGAUGUUAAGGUGGUCUUGGCGAAUGGAUGGGGGCAGAGACAUCCCAUUGCGCGGGAGAAGAGUUGGUGGUGGCAGGUGUUGAGGACGGGGAGGAGGAAGUUGCCGCCGGGAUUUGUAAUGAUGUAUGCGCCGAGGGAUGAGAAGGAAUUGAGGGUUGUUGUUGAGAUCGUGCGGGCGGCCGUCUGUUGGGUCAGUGGAAGGGAGUUGCGAUGGGAGAGGGAGUGUGUGAUGGAAGAUAAGGAAAUGGCGUCUGUAGGGAGUAAGGAUCCAAUAGCAUAA